AUGGCGACCGCUAUCAAGCACACCGACUCGGGCCGCCCCGCCCCCGUCAAGGUUGAUGCCAAUGGCAGCAAGAUGAAGUCGAUGUUCUCCAAGACCAGCGAAGAGCAGAAAAUCAAGGGCGAGACCAUGGCCAUCUCGUCGACCUUUGAGAAGUACCUUGCUGAACGCGAGCAAGCCAUCAAGUUGGCGCAAAAGUGGAGCCUGAGCGAGAACUCUGAAAUGCGCCACUUGAUUUCGGCGUGCACGGAUAACGUGACGCAGGGCAAUGAUGUCAUGCGUUACUACGACCAAACCUUUGAGCGUCUCUUCAGCACGAUUGAUCGCUGCAUCAAGGAGAAGAAGCACCUUCACUCGCUGAACAAGGACCUGCAAAAGCUGGACAAGCGCAUGGACAAGCUUGAGAAGGAGGCAGCCGAGGACCAAUCGUCGGCGUCCAGCCAGGAAUCAGCCAGCGACAUUCAGCAGAACCUGCACUUGGCCGAAGCCACCCAGAAGGAGGUUUUGAAGACGUACCGCAACAUGCACAUGCGUAUUCGUCGUGCCCUUUACAACCUGACGGUGGCUCGCAUUGAGCAGCACCGCAAGAUUGUGGCCCUCGACAUCAAAUUUUUGGAGGACUUGAACGAGUUCAAGUACCCUUCGGCCGUUCACGAUGACGGUCACAUGGAUUUCUCGAGCUUCAAGAACGAGCUACCCAUUGCUGAGGCCACGAGCUGGUACAACAACGACUGGGCUCCCCCCAGCUGGUUGGGUGAUGAUGUCAUUGCCCAGCUCGACGAUGAAGAGGAUGGCAACAUGUCUUCGCCCGGCACUUCCCCCGGUGGUAGCCCCGCGCCACUGCUGCCCCAUGACCACCACGUGGCUCCCCUGGAAAAGGGCCUGUACCCUGGCACGACGGGCAUUCGCUCCAUGAAGGCCGGCAAUCAUUACGACGACCCCAUCGAGCACCCCAAUCGCCCUGUGGCACAGCACGAGACAAACCGUGGCAAGGUGGAUGCUACCUUCGACAAGCCCGUCCAUGAUUCAGACCGCGGCGAGAUCGUUGAGCGCACGCCCAGCGGCCGUGUCAACAAGACGCAAAUCUAA